AAUGUAUAUCGGCAGCAGAGAACAAGCAAACAUUUCAGCAGAGCAGUCAACGCCCGGUCGCAAUAUUGAGAUGAAUUUGAAAUUCAGUAAGAAAUAAAAAUUUAGAACAUUCGCGCCGUGACUGAUCGCCACAAAAAAAAUAAUAAAAAGUGUUCGUAUAGAAAAAGAUCAGUAUUUUGGAGUCUGGACGCGUUAGACAACACAAAAAACCUGUUCUCAAAAUUCAAAAAAGCUCUUUCAAAUUUUUUAGCGAACCGAUAAACAUGACAGAAGUUCAGACAACUCUUGUGGAAGAUGAGCCAGUGCCAAUUAGAUUGCUCGUAGCCCCAAAAGUAUUCUACUUUGCAGUUGGUCCAAAUUCACAUGAGGUCACUUGUCCAUUUUGUAAGGUCCAGGGCAAGACCACCGUGAGGAGGAAAUACCUUAGAUGUUAUCGCCAACAUUACUGUUCCAGUUGUGGCGAAUAUCUGGGCACUUUUCGCCGGCCACAACUUUAGAGAUAUAAUAUUUUUUUCUAUGCAAAUUUGAUAUUAUUUUUACGCUUCUCAAAAAAAAAAUAAAUAAAAAUAAAAACGCUUUAUCCAAAAGAUACA